CACGGCAUUCCAGCUGAGCAUGGCCUGUUUCAAUUCAUCCAUCUCGGAAGGGACGACCCUUUGCCAAGUGAGACUCGACGACCUUGGUGGAGGAUCGAUGGGACGGUGGUUGGGCGUGGGCCACUUGGAAGAGCACCUGUGCACGUGUAAGCGAGCACGUGCCUUCGCGAACCCUGGCUCCUGCCUAACCUCCCCAGGCGUCGACGAACACUUUACCACACCAUGGCAUCCUUCUUAAAGAGCCUUCUGAAUCCCUCCCCUCCGCCCGUCGCGAUGCCUGAGACCGCGCCUGUCUCUCCUCCGCACCCAUACUAUCCAAUUGAGGCGGAAAUUGUCGGAUACCUCGCCAACGAAUGGAACACGCUGGAGCUCGUCUCCCUGUUUUCGGCCGGAUGCGCCGUCAUCUUCAACGUCACGUAUGUCGUCGUGAAGAGGGUGCGGCCGAGUGUGUCUGCGUCGGAUCUCCUUGUCAUCCUCUGGUUUGUCCUGUGCGGCUGCAUUCACUUCUUCUUCGAGGGCUACUUCGCCUUCAACUUCCGCCGAAUGGGAGGGAUGCAGGACUUGUUCGGGCAACUGUGGAAGGAGUACUCGCUCUCAGACUCCCGAUACCUUACACAAGACGCGUUUGUGCUCUGCAUGGAGACCAUCACCGCAGUGUGCUGGGGGCCUCUCUCCUUCAUCACCGCUGCCCUGGUCGCGACCGACCACCCGCUCCGCCACCCGCUGCAAACCAUCGUCUCGCUCGGCCAGCUCUACGGCGACGUCCUCUACUAUGCGACAAGCAUGUUCGACCACUGGAUACUGGAUCUCUCAUACUCGAGACCCGAAGCGGCCUACUUCUGGGGAUACUUUGUCCUCAUGAACAGCUUCUGGAUAGUGAUUCCGUUCUACCUGCUUUGCACCAGUGUGGGUGCCAGCUGGAGGGCGUUCGAGGCGCUGAACAAGAUGGAGAAGGCGUUGAGGAGAGGCGCGCCCAACGGCAGCGCGAAGAAGAGGCAGUGAGAUGUUGGGGGUGGAUGGAGGGGGCCAGCGAUGCAGGACGGGGAUAGACAUAUUUUAGAGACUUAAUACCCUUAGAGAAGGCACUUGUCGUGCCUCCCAUUCUAUAGAACGCGCUGUAAUGAAUAGUAGUAGUCUUCGGGGUUGCAGCAGCC